AUGUCGUCGUCCAACGGAAUCAAGACGGAAGAUGGCGCCUUCAUCAAGCCCGAGCACGAGGCCGACGAGUUUGAAGAUACGGGCGAGUGUCAGAUGCCGCGGUCAGAGGAGGAGCAACAGGCCUGGCUCUGCAGACUGCCCAAAUGGCUCUGGACUGCCUGGGCUGACAUCGCCGACGACGAAGAGAUUGAAAUCGGCAAAGUGCGCGUUUACAACCAGCCAAACCCGGACGGCACCCAGAAGAUCCAGAUGAAGCUGCACGACCUGCCCAAGCACCGCGAUGUUCCUAAACUCUACGACCUGAGCAGCUCCCGCGGCCAGUACAACAACACCGUCGUCUUCUCCGAGCGCGACCAGCCCGGCUUCAAGGCCUGGAACCCGAACCGUGUGAGGAAGGACACCAGAGGAAUGAACUACAAGGUCAACAAGAACAAGCCCUACACUUCGUCCAUUCCCAGCUUCGUCAAGGCUGAGAUGGCCGUCACCGCCGUCGAGAACGACGAGUACCGCCGUCUGACCGACCGCCGCUUCAUGGAAAUGUUCCAACCCAAACGCACCACCCGCUUCGAGUCCGGCGCCGAUGCAACCGUCCACUCCAACACCCAAGCCAACCAAGCCUUCAGCAGCUUCAUCAAGGCCACACAAGCAAAGAAGCCAGUCAAGAAGCAACAAGAAAAGGCUGUCCGCGUCAGUCAGGAAGAACUCUUCGAUCUGCUCACAGACUGCUUCAAGCAAUACCGCUACUGGUCGCUCAAGGCUCUCAAGCAGCGCUUGCAUCAGCCUGAGGCUUUCAUCAAGCAAAAUGUCGAAAAGAUUGCCACUCUCAUGCGUAGUGGUAAGUUCGCCAUGAAUUACAAGCUCAACCCUGAAUAUGAGAGGACCGUCAACAUCGACCCUACCAACGUCAAGGAAGAAGUCGCCGACGAAGCUGAAGACGAUGAUGAAGAUGACGAAGAUGAAGACGACGACGAUGGUUAUGAGGAUGUCAAGAUGGAAGACUCUUGA